AUGCUGGCCUCAGGGCUGCUCCUCGUGGCUUUGCUGGCCUGUCUGACUAUCAUGGUCUUGAUGUCUGUCUGGCGGGAAAGGAACCUCAAAGGGAAAUUGCCUCCAGGGCCCACUCCUCUGCCCUUCAUCGGGAACUACCUGCAGCUGAACACCGAGCAGAUGUACAACUCCCUCAUGAAGAUCAGCGAGCGCUACGGCCCCGUGUUCACGAUCCACCUGGGGACCCGGCAGAUCGUGGUGCUGUGCGGCUAUGAUGCUGUGAAGGAGGCUCUGGUGGACCAGGCUGAAGAAUUCAGUGGGCGAGGCAAGCAGGCUACCUUUGACUGGCUCUUCAAAGGCUAUGGAGUGGCUUUCAGCAACGGGGAGCGCGCCAAGCAGCUCCGGCGCUUCUCAGUUACGACGCUGCGGGACUUCGGCGUGGGCAAGCGCGGCAUCGAAGAGCGCAUCCAGGAGGAGGCGGGCUUCCUCAUCGAGGCCUUCCGGGGCACUCGCGGCGCCUUCAUCGAUCCCACCUUCUUCCUGAGCCGAACGGUCUCCAAUGUCAUCAGCUCCAUUGUCUUCGGGGACCGCUUUGACUACGAGGACAAAGAGUUCCUGUCACUACUGCGAAUGAUGCUGGGAAGCUUCCAGUUCACCGCUACGUCUACCGGGCAGCUCUACGAGAUGUUCUACUCAGUGAUGAAAUAUCUGCCAGGGCCACAGCAGCAGGCCUUUAAGGAGCUGCAGGGACUGGAGGACUUCAUAGCCAAGAAGGUGGAACAAAACCAGCGCACACUGGACCCCAACUCCCCACGGGACUUCAUCGACUCCUUCCUCAUCCGCAUGCAGGAGGAGAAGGAGAAUCCCAACACGGAGUUCUACACGAAGAACCUGGUGCUAACAACCCUGAGCCUCUUCUUUGCGGGCACUGAGACGGUCAGCACGACCAUGCGGUAUGGCUUCCUGCUGCUCAUGAAGCACCCAGAUGUGGAGGCCAAAAUCCAUGAGGAGAUUGACCGCGUGAUCGGCAAGAACCGUCAGCCCAAGUUUGAGGACCGGGCCAAGAUGCCCUACACAGAGGCUGUGAUCCACGAGAUCCAGAGAUUCGGAGACACGAUCCCCAUGGGCCUGGCCCGCAGAGUCACCAAGGAUACCAAGUUUCGAGACUUCCUCCUCCCCAAGGGCACCGAAGUGUUCCCUAUGCUGGGUUCUGUGCUGAGAGACCCCAAGUUCUUCUCCAACCCCCGAGAUUUCAAUCCCCAGCACUUCCUGGACGAGAAGGGGCAAUUUAAGAAGAGUGAUGCUUUUGUGCCCUUCUCCAUCGGAAAGCGGUACUGUUUCGGAGAAGGCCUCGCCAGAAUGGAGCUCUUCCUCUUCUUCACCACCAUCAUGCAGAACUUCCGCUUCAAGUCCCCACAGUCGCCCCAGGACAUCAACGUGUCCCCCAAACUCGUGGGCUUUGCCACUAUCCCUCCAAACUACACCAUGAGCUUCCUGCCCCGUUGA